UCGUUUACUGUAAAUUAUUAACAAAUUAUCGCGCGAAAUGCCGUCAUUUUUGCGAAGUUGAUUUUACUUCUAAUUUUACAUGCUUUCUAGUCAGUCAUGCGGAAGUCUGUUGUAUCCAAAGAUGCUAAAUAUUGUGAAGGUUCAAUUGUGAAAAUAAAGUUGGAAAAUGUUUUAACCUAUGACUCUGUUGAGUUUAAAUGUGGCCCUCAUCUGAAUGUUGUCAUCGGACCAAAUGGAACUGGCAAAUCCACAAUUGUUUGUGCAAUUUGUCUUGGCUUGGCAGGAAAAACUAGCUGGUUAGGUCGUGCCCAGAGUCCAACUGAUUUUAUCAAAUAUGGAAAAUCAAAAGCAAGGAUUGAACUUGAACUAUACAACUCAGAUGGAGAUAAUUGGACAAUUGCUCGAGAAAUUAACAAGGAAGGUCAGCAGACUAGAUGGUGGGUGAAUGGGAGAGCUGCCACUCAAAAAGCUGUUGAGGAACUAGUAAGUCGUUUAAAUAUUCAAGUAGGAAAUCUUACACAGUUCUUACCACAAGAGAAAGUGGCUGACUUUGCUAAGAUGAGUGAAUCUGAGUUACUGGAAAACACAGAAAAAGCUGUUGGUGAUCCAGAAAUGUAUGAGCGCCAUCAGAAACUGAAGGAGUCCCGUACCAAUGCCAAAAGUUUAGAGCAAGAAUUUCAGAAUCUCCAAGAGCGUAUCAAUCAAGAGGUGCAGAAAAAUGCAAGAAUUGAACAAGAUGUGAAAAAUUUUGAGGAGCGUGAAAAUUUCCUUGCCAAAAUAGCAACACUGGAGAUCAAAAAAGCCUGGGUGAAGUAUGAGUGUGAAAGACUGCAAUAUAUGAGUACCAAGGAGGAAAAAGAGCAAAAAGAAAAAAAAUUAAAGGAAAUACGAGCAGCUCAUGCUCCCUUGAUGAAAAAGUUGGAUGAUGCCAAGAAGAAUAAAGAGUCUAUAGAUAAUAUGAUGAAAACCAAGGGCCUGGAAUUAAAAGAAGCUGCAAAGAAAGCUGAAGCUAAUGGGAAGGAAGGAGACAACUUAACUGAUAAGUAUGUAGAAGCACAAGAUGAACUUAAAUUUAAAAAGGACCAAGAAGAUGCAAGGAAGAAAAGAGUGAGGGAUUUGAACAAACAGUUGGAAGCAUUAGAAAAUGAACUACAAAAUACAGAAGAAACUGAAGAUGUUCAGCCUUUACUCGAAAAAGUAAAUAGAGGUAUGAGAGAAACACAACAGAAAUUAGGUCAUAUCAAUAUGGAAGGUGAAAAUCUCAGAGGGAAGAUAGAGGGUCGCAGAAGAAAUAUAAAUGGAAUGUCAAAAGAUUUGCAGGCAUUGCGUAACAUUGAGAAUCAGCGUCUUCAAACUCUACGUGCAAAACAUAAGGACACUUAUGAUGCUGUGAUGUGGCUGAGGGAAAACAGAGAUAAGUUCAAGGGGAAUAUUCAUGAACCAAUUAUGCUCUGUGUAAACAUGAAAGAUCCGCAUAUGGCCAAGUACCUGGAGAAUCAUAUAUCAUUCAAUGAUAUGCGAGCAUUUGUAUGUGAUACCAGUGAGGAUAUGAAUACCUUCAUGGACUUAAUGAGGGAAGAUCAAAAACUCAGGGUUAAUGCUGUGAAAACACCUCCUAGAGUUUCCUUAGAUACCUGCCAUCCUAAACAUCCAAUACAACAAUACAGAAAGUAUGGUUUCCAUAGUUACCUGAUGGAUUUGUUUACAUGUCCUGAAGCUGUAAUGAAGUUUCUAUGUACACAAUAUAAAGUUCAAAGCAUUCCAGUUGGAGACAACAGAACUAAAGAACUGGUAGAUAAAAUUGUGAAGGAACAACCAGAUCUUAAUUGUUUCUAUACAGCAGACAAUCAGUAUAUGAUAAAGAAGAGUAGAUAUGAUGGAUCAACAUCCUCUAGAAGUGUUAAACUUAAAAAUCCCACACUUUUGACUGUAUCAAUGGAUGAUAAUAGGGAGAAAGAGCUUGUUAACCAAAUACAGAUUGAGACAGAAAGUGUUAGAAAAGAAGAAGAUUUGUACAAUAAUAUGAAGGUUCAGUCACGCCAACUUGACAAACAUUUGAAUGAGCUCAGAGAAGAUAGGAAAAGUUUGAUGACAAGAAAAGACAUUAAAAAGAAACUCCAGUCACAGAUAAGUGCUAAGAAGCAAACGAUUCAAAAUGUUGAAGGGGAGGCAAUAGACUUAGAUGCAGAGGAAAAAAAAGUGGCGAAAAAAUUUCAGGACAUUAAUGCAAAAAAGUUUAAGAAUCUUCAGCAAUAUCUUGAAAAUACACAGAAAUGUGUGAAAGCGAGUACAGAGAAAGUAAGGAUGAGUUUACGUCAUGCUGAAACUAUUAGAGAAUAUAACAGACUAGAGGCAGAUAUCAGAGAACAGUCUCAAACUCUACAAUCAGCUGAGUCAGAAUUUGAGAGAAUCAAGGAGAAGUUACGUAAUUGUAAAGAAGUAGCCAAAAGACUUUUAUUGGCAGCAAAGAGAGCCAGCGGUACUGGACCUGAUGAAGAAGUAUCUCCUAGUUUAAAAUCAACAUUUGCGGGUCUACCUGACACAAUAGAGGAGAUAGAUAACUGUAUACAUGAGCACCAAGUUAGAGCAGACUGUACAGUACAGACAGAUGAACGAGUUGUUAGGGAGUUUAAGAGACGUAAAGAAGAGAUAGAGAGACUAGAAACACAGCUAGCAAAUAAAGAACAGGAGAGAGAUAGUCAUCAGGCAACUAUAGAGGAAGCCAAAUCACAAUGGUUAGACCCACUACAAGAGUUGAUUGGAAGAAUAAACAAAAGUUUUAGUCACUUCUUUAGUUGUCUAAAAUGUGUAGGAGAAGUUGAUCUUCACAUUCCAGAUAAUCCUGAAGAGUACAGCAAGUAUGGUGUACGUAUCAGAGUAAAGUUCCGUGACUCUGAACAACUUAGGGAGUUGUCUCCCUUCCAUCAGAGUGGUGGUGAGCGAAGUGUGACAACAGUCUUGUAUAUGAUGUCCUUACAGGAACUUGCCAAAUGUCCUUUCAGAUGUGUCGAUGAAAUUAAUCAGGGCAUGGAUCCACACAACGAAAGGAAGGUGUUUGAAUUAGUAGUAAAUACAGUUUGUAAUAAGUCUGCCUCACAGUAUUUCCUACUCACUCCAAAGUUGCUGCCAGACCUGGAGUAUGCUAAGAACAUGACUGUGUUAUGUGUAUACAAUGGACCUGAUAUGUUAAAUCAUAAAGACUGGAACCUAAAGAAAUUCUUACAACUUAGGGCCAGACUUGAAGACUGAUAUAUCAGCUCAUAUAAUAUGUCAGAGGGACCACCUUCUUGUUAAUUGGACUGUUCCAUGUUCUUACAGGACAUACUGAUAUUGUACAACAAAUUUGUGCUUACUGUCAGAAAGCUAAUUUGGUGUUAAGAACAGUUUAUUUGAGGAAAAUUAAGCAUGAGAUGGACAUGUCUUUGUUUAAAAAAAAACAAUAGUGAUGUGUUCGUGAAAAGACAUGAAGAUUGUGUUCAAUGUAAAAAGUUUGUACUUCUUAGAUGAUAUUAUUAAUUUGUUAUUAGUUCAGCAUUUAUUUCAGUUUUGACAUUAUUUUGUAACAUUUUUGUUAUACCCCAAAAGGUAUGUGGGUGGCAUAUAUUUUUUAAUUGUCUUGACAGAUGAAUUUCUGUCUGCUCUGCUUUUUGCCAGGUCCAUAACUUUGUUAUUCAUCGAUUGAUAUUGAAAUAGUUUGCAUAAAUAUGUAGCCAAUUGUGAUGAUGUGAUGCAUGCAAGACCCAAUUUAUAGGUCAAAGGUCAAAGUUACUCUAAGACUUCUAACAACUUUUCCAUAAAAAGGCAUAAAUGGUUGUGUCCCAUCAUCGUUUCUGGAUGUAUUUUAAAAUAACUUCCCUGUUCAUUAAGAUCACAUGUCAUAGGCAAGAAUUAGGUUUCCAGCUUAAAGGUCAAGGCCACACUUGUAUGUUAAGUCAUGAUUCUUGGUAGAUGUUUCAUGAAUGGAUGGAUUGCGAAUAUGAGUGAGAGCAAAGUUUAAAGGUCAAGGUCACAUUAAGACUUAAAAUGUAAUAUUUCAUAAAAAUACAUUGAUGAUUGUUGUAAAAAGUUAUUAAUGCUAUCAUCAUUGGAUGAAUUUAGAUAUAACUAAGCUUCUUAUGGUACAUUUAGAAGACUUAUGUGCUGAUACCAGGUAAACAGCUAGUUGGGGGUUAUACUUGAUAAGAUGCAAAUCAAAAAUUGUUUUCAUACCAUGAACUUAUAACCAAAUAAAGCAGAGUGAUUCAUAAUAUUUUCUUAUAUAUAACCAUUAAGGCUGUAUUUUAUUUUAACCACUCUUGAAUGUCAAGUUCUCCUUACAUAUGUAACGCAGAACAAUAAGGUGCUAUUUUGUAUCACAUAUAUAAUUUGUAUUUACCAUUUGUUUAUGUAUAAUCCAUUAUGAUAAGAAAAAUUUAAGGGAGGAAUAAAGAAAAAAAAAUUUAAAGGUACACAUUAUCUUUCGUUAAAACUUAAAUCUGGAUGAUACCUGUGAAAAGUGACUUGCAUUUGCUACCAGAAUAAUACAAGACAUGUCAGUGCUAACUUACCAGACUACUAUUUGCUGAGAUGCUGUAUGUUUU